GCUGCAGCUUCGGGUGCUCUGAGCCUGGGGGACAGGCCCCUCUACCCAGAAAUUCCAUCACACCUGCUGUGAGAAGAUCUUGGAAGAGCUUCUGUAGAAUUACUGAAGGAGAGAAUAUUUCACAGGAGUGAGAAAAGGCAAUGGAUCCAGACUUUUUGAAUGUGUUUACACAGCCUGCUGCACUUCAUCAGUUCCUGACUGAGAACGUCACUGCUCCAGGUGAGAAGAGGAAACUCAUAAAACCAACCUCAAGCAACAAUCCCAAAUUUGAGGAAUUAAAAUCGAUACUGAUUGACUGGCUUAACACAACCCUGAAAGAGGAACACAUAGUUGUUAAAAGUCUGGAAGAAGAUCUGUAUGAUGGGCUGGUACUUCAUCAUCUGUUGGAAAACCUAGGAUCUCUCAAGCUGGAUGUUGACAAGAUCGCAUUAACAGAAAUAAAACAGCGGCAGAAACUCUCUGUGAUCCUGGAAGCUGUGGCUAAGUGUUUGCAACUGGAAGAAAGUCAGCUGAAAUGGAGUGUGGAAUCUAUCUUGUCGAAAGACUUACUGAGCACACUGCAUCUGCUGGUUGCAAUAGCAAAGCACUUCAAACCUAACCUGGCUAUGCCUCCAAAUGUUCAAGUGGAAACAAUCACCAUUGAGAACACCUCCAGAGGAUUAAAGACAACAAAUGCAGUGGAGUAUAUCACAGAAAGCAAGGAGAAUUUAGAAGCACAGUCAAAAGAUGAUGCCUUUGAUGAUUUAUUUAACCGUGCUCCAGAUAAACUGGAUGCUGUAAAAAAGGUAUUUUUGCAGUUUGUCAACCAGCACGUUGGAAAAUUAGGAUUAAAUGUGAAAGACAUUGAAUCUCAGUUUGCAGAUGGAGUUAUCUUACUUCUGUUAAUUGGACAACUGGAGGGUUACUUUCUGAAUUUAAGGGAUUUCUUCCUGACUCCGGCCAGCACCACAGAGAUGCUUCACAACGUUAACCUUGCAUUGGACUUGCUGACAGAUGGAGGUCUUCUGAAUUUCUCUGUGAACUCUGAAGAUAUUGUGAACAGAGAUGUGAAGACUACAAUGCGGAUUCUGUACUGCUUGUAUUCCAAAUACAAGACCAAAGAAACAUGAAUAGCAAGGCCAAGAGCUUGGAGUUUUGGGGUUUAUGGUUUUUUUCCUUUUUUUUUUUUUCCUUCUUUUUCUUUCCAGCAUGUCAUGGUUGGAUUUUUGGAUUCCCAGCUCUGCCGCUGUUUAUGUGCAUGCACUUGUGUUUGACACUUCCUGUAUUAACACCGUACAUGCAAGUAUGUAUUCAUGCAGGGUUUCACAGCCUGAGCAGCUGUAGGUAUGUGUGUGUCCAGGACCAGUGUACUCUGUAAUUCUGUGGCUGUAGCUCUUGCUCCAGACCCUGUCUCUUGUACUCUCUGAGGCCCCCCUAAUGCUGCAAAGAAGUGCAAUGUGUGUUUACUCUAGACUGUCAAUGCUUUGCUUCUGAGAUGAUUUUGAAAGCUAUUCUUUCACUGCUUCUGUUUCAUUCUGGAAACCAGAGAGGUGAAAGACCCACUACAGCAUUUCUGGGAAGAUUGCAGACACACUUGAAGCUCAAGUUCAAAGCCUUCUUCAGACAGAUGGCCAGCUGUUGUCAGAUAAAAGGAUAUGGGCUGGACACUAAAUGAAUAGGUAGCAGAAAUUUGGCAAGUGUUUGAGAAAAGUUUCACCAUUUGUCAGCGUGGAUACGGAAAGGCACCCAGAAGAACAUGCUGACAUGAGACUGUGCAGUAACAGAGGGGUCUCCUGCAUGACUAUGGAAAGAUGCCCUUAUUUCCUUGCUAAGCUGAUGCCAAGCUGUGGCCAGCUCCAGCCUGCUGCACUGCUAACGUGAUGUCUGACUGGUGGGAAUGCUGAUUACGGAGUCAGGUUAUAGGAGCAACUAAUAUGUCUCUGCUUUUUCUCUGGUACGAGGCGGAUAGAUGCUGGCUUUCUCUGCAGUGGGUAGAAAUAGAGGCUGUCAUGGAUGGGAGUAGUGAAACUCAGCCACUUCUUUCAGCAUGCCCAUGCUGUGGGGACUCUCAAACUCCUCUGAGCCUCUCCUAGCUGAAUUUGUCCAUUGGCCAUCCCCAAGCAUCCCUAUGGCUACCUCUGGAUGCAGCCAGACUAGCCACAAUUUAUGUUAGCUGUCACCCUUGAUCUGUCUCGGGGGUCUUACAUAAGAAUUCCUUCAAAACCUUCAUCUACUCCCUUGACCUUAAGAUUAUGUCAUGUUUGUGUUGCAUAAAGCUUGAGAUCUAAUAAAAAUAGUAAAAAAAAUUGUAUGA